AAUGGCUGAAAAACGACGAGUCGUUGAGCUCCCUCACCGACGACAACAUGGACACCCGAGCCGACCACAACCUGAUAAUUAACGAGGCGCGCCUGUCUGACUCGGGCAACUACACCUGCCUGGCCAGCAACAUCGUAGCGAAGAGACGCAGCGCCACGGCUGCUGUCAUCGUCUACGUGAACGGCGGCUGGUCGCUGUGGACAGAGUGGUCCGCCUGCAGCGUGCCCUGUGGGCGGGGCAUCCAGAAACGCUCGAGGACCUGCACUAACCCAGCACCUCUGAAUGGCGGCGCCUUCUGCGAGGGCAUGUCCGUGCAGAAGAUCACCUGCAACGCAGUCUGCCCAAUUGAUGGAGGCUGGGACGAGUGGAGCGAAUGGACGGUGUGCAGCAGCCAGUGCGAACGGCAGCGGAGUCGGGAGUGCAACUCCCCGGCACCCAGACACCGAGGCAAGAUAUGUGAAGGGAACAGCAAGGCCACUGAGAACUGCACAGAUGGACUGUGCACCCAGAAUCGAAAGCUGCUACAUGAUGUUAAACCUCAAAAUAUGGAGAACUCCAUCGACGUGGCUCUGUACUCGGGCCUGGGAGCAGGCAUUGUUGCCGUGGUAAUCCUUGUUGUCGCUGUCAUGUUGUACAGGAAGAACCACAGUGACUAUGGCGUUGAUGUCAUCGACUCUUCGGCUCUCACUGGGGGUUUCCAGUCUUUCAACUUCAAGACCACCAGACAAGGCAACCCGCUGCUUCUCAACUCCUCAAUGCAACCAGACAUGACCGUGGGACGGACGUACAGCACGCCGCUCUGCUUCCACGACAGCGCAGACAAAGAGCUCUUUGACCCCCUGCCGGACAUUAAAGUCAAAGUCCAGAGCUCGUUCAUGGUGUCCCUGGGUGUGGCAGAGCGAGCCGAGUUCCACGCCAAAGUGCCCAGUGAGUCUUACCCGCAGGACCUCGGCUGCGACUUCUGCGGUACGGUGGACAAACGCAAGAAAGGCCCGCUGACACUCAACGGGCCGCUCAGCUCCAGCAGAGAGCAGCUGAGGACCAGCGGCGUGUUCGGCCACGCGGGAGGUCGGCUGGUGGUGCCGAACACAGGGGUCAGCCUCCUUGUGCCCCAUGGAGCCGUGGCUGAAAAUAUGUCCUGGGAGAUGUACAUGGUCAUCAAUCAGGGCGAGGCGAGCUCCCAGACACUGGAAGGCUGUGAAAUCCUUCUGGGCCCAGAGGUGACAUACGGUCCUUCAGGCCUGGAUCUCUUUUGCCCCGUUGCCAUGACCAUCGCCCACUGUGCAGAGGUGGAUGCUGAGAACUGGAACAUUCAGCUCAGGAGGAAAACCCAGGACGGUAAAUGGGAGGAAGUGAUGUCAGUGGAAGAGGAGGCGACUUCCUGUUACUGCCUGAUGGACUCGGCCAGCUGCCACCUGCUGCUGGACCAGCCGGGCUCGUACGCCCUGGUGGGCGAGCCCCUGACGCAGGCUGCAGUGAAGAGGCUGAAGCUGGCCGUGUUUGGCAGUGUAGAGUCGGGCUCUCUGAACUACAGCCUGCGGGUGUACUGUGUGGAUGACACGCCACACGCCUUUCAGGGAGUGGUGGCCGCAGAGAAGACCAAAGGGGGUCAGCUCCUCGAGGAGCCAAAGAUGUUGCCUUUCAGAGCGAACACCUUCAGCCUCCAGGUGUCGAUCCAGGACGUUCCUCAGUUCCUGUGGAGCAUCAAACCCUUUACCACAUGUCAGGAAUUCUCCUUCCCUCAAGUGUGGUGCAGCAACCAGCAGCCCCUGCACUGUGCCUUCUCGCUGGAGAGAUACAGCCCUGCCGCCGCCCAGCUCUCCUGCAAAAUCAGCGUGCGACAGGUCAAAGGCCACGAGCAGAUUCUGCAGGUCUACACGCCCGUGGCCGAGGGUGGAAAGGAGCCGGUUCCGUUUUUUAUGCAGACAGACUGCACGGUCACGUCCCAAACGGGGCCCAAGGCCUUCAAAAUCCCGCUGUCCAUCCGCCAGAGGAUCUGCGCCACCUUUGACACUGCCAACGCCAAGGGCAAGGACUGGCAACUCUUAGCCCAGAAACUCCACUUAGACCGAAACCUGGGCUAUUUUGCCAAGCAGAGGAGUCCGUCUGCUGUCAUUCUGAGCCUGUGGGAGGCUCGCCACCAGGACACUGCUGACCUUGACUCUUUGGCCAGCGCCUUGGAGGAGAUUGGCAAGAUCCACUCCAAAAGCUCCCCAAAGGACCCAGAUGAAGCGGAGCCUGACCUCAAUCACAUACAAGCGGGCGGUCUUUACGGAGCGGGCGAACUAGCAGCUCCGGACGGCGAGGACCGUGCUCCUGACCACACGGGCUGAGACAAAAGGUUGGCCGGUUCUAACUGGCGGACUGAUGCAGGUGUGCGUGCACGCGCACGGCCGCUGGUGGACAUCACGCUGCUGCUGCUGCGGCGCUGCGACGUCAGGAGGUUGUCUGUGAGCGGACAGCGGCAGCGGUCAACACGGCGGGCGAUCGCGGGGGGCCGAGGUGAACCAGCUCCUGCUGUGGAUCUGCCCUUCUGUUUUAACGGAUCCGUGGACAGAACGUCAAUCUCUGUCUGCCUUUUCUUAUUUACUUUCUGCUCUUUGCUUUAAGUUCAUGUCUUUUGAUAGAUUUUAAUUUAGAAAUGUGCUUAAAACGAAGGGAUUCUGUUUUUCUUUAGUUCUUAUAUGCAAAGGGUAGAGGUUCCCAACUGGUCCCCAAUGUUAACGUCAAAUUCUUAGUCUCAACAACAAGGUCUGAAAUGGUCCUUUUUUCUUGUAUUUAGUUUAAUUUAAAACAGCAUAAUGCUAACAUAGUUGUUAAAGUGAACUUUAAAUGGCAGAUAUUCAAAAGACAUGCAUUUUCAUAUCCUUAAAAAAGUCUAGAAUAUCUGGAAAACACGUACGUUCAGCAUUUCUAAUGCUUUUAAUCGAAUACACACAAACAACAUUAUCCCCAGUUUGUGUGAGCAACAUCGGGAUUAAACUGGGGACAUGGAACUCCACAAUAAUAAUACAAAAAAAAGCUGUGGUAUAAUGUGGAUGAAGAGGAUUUCUGACUGUGGUGUUACAGUUUGUUACAGUUUCCUGCUUGGACUGAUAGGGAGGAAGCUGUAAAACAUCAUUUCCUGGCGUGGCGGGGAGCACGUCACCGCAUCUUAUCGCCUAAUUCCCUCCAUUAACACCCACCAGUAGACCUCAUAUCAGGCGCUGACACACUUCGGCUAGGCCGACGAGCGCACACACACACACACACACACACACA